UUUUCGAAUGCUGGGUCAACAUCUGCCGAAAAUUGUUAUUACGCCCCAUGCUCCGCUGGAGACUACAUGACUGACACUGGAUGUCAGCAAUGUGGAGAGAAUACCUUCAGCAGCGAUAGAGCUUCUUCGUGCAUUGACUGUCCAAAUGGAAAGUUUUCGAAUGCUGGGUCAACAUCUGCCGAAAAUUGUUAUUACGCCCCAUGCUCCGCUGGAGACUACAUGACUGACACUGGAUGUCAGCAAUGUGGAGAGAAUACCUUCAGCAGCGAUAGAGCUUCUUCGUGCAUUGACUGUCCAAAUGGAAAGUUUUCGAAUGCUGGGUCAACAUCUGCCGAAAAUUGUUAUUACGCCCCAUGCUCCGCUGGAGACUACAUGACUGACACUGGAUGUCAGCAAUGUGGAGAGAAUACCUUCAGCAGCGAUGGAGCUUCUUUGUGUACUUAUCUACCGAUAACUACGCCACCUGCUCCGUACACUGACUAUCCAGAUGGAAUGAAAUUAAAUGCUACAACACCAUUCGCUCGCGCUGAUUACUCUUAUCAUGGCUCCGUGGGCCUUCUUGUGGAGUCCACAUCAUUUUACGUCGACGGCGGGUGGAGUGACUAUGGAGAUUGGUCUAAGUGCUCUGUAGAAUGCGACGUAAGAACUCAGUCUAAAAACGGAUCCUGUGAUAACGUUACCCCUCUAUAUAAAGGAGCGGACUACAAGCAGGAGAUUGAAGAAGAAAACACUUCACCACAUAACUUGGAAAAGCACCCUCCUUGCUCCUGCUGGAAUGGAGAAUGUGGAUACUGUCCCAACUUGUCUCAUACCAUAAAGCAGAGUAUAACAUCUUAUCCAGACCAGGACAUCGAAGUUCGCUCUACUAUCAAGAGGCUCUAUUACAGUUCUAUCGCGCUGUUUGAUGAAGCUGGAAACAUGUUAGGAAUGUUCCACUGGACUCGCGAGAGUGUGGUGCUGACAGGAUGUAUUGGAUGUUACAGACCAAGAGCUUUAGAGAGGAUGUGUCAUUGGGACGAGUGCACUCAGUGGAUCUUUUCCUUCAAAGACGGACAUGUUCAGAUCAAGAUCAAAGGAGAGGGUCUGAAACAGUCUUCUACGAUAUGUCGUGUGAAGACAACUUCUCCUUCGUUUCACAGAAUAUGGAGCUAAGGGAAAGAAUCUCAUCAGAUUGAGCUGAAGCGGUAUUGACUCAUCAUAAACUUAAGAGCAUCCAAAAGUCCAAUGAGUGACCAAUGUUUUUCUUAUCACUGAUUAGUGAUAUUAAUAACUUAUAAGCAUGGCAGAUAGCAAAGUUUCUGGAAAAGUAUCACUACGAAUAGAUUAAUUGUUCUUGUUGCAACUGAUUACAAUGGUGAUUUUAUCAAGUAAGAUUUCCCUAAAACAGUUUUGCGCCACCUCGUUUAACAUUCAGAUAUGUCUCGGGAAAUGAUAAUUAUGAUGAGGCGCAUAUUGCAACUUAUUUUAUAAUUUAUAUCCUCAGUAACAUUGGAACUAACUAAUAUGAAGGUUGAUCAAUUUCGAAGAUAAUUUAGAGAUUUAACUUUAUGAAGCGAUUCUUUGUGUUAAUCUUAUAUCUUAUACAGUUAUACCUAUCUUUAAUUAUGGUUUACACAUCAAUUUACUUUAGAUGUCACCGUAAAAUGAUCUCAACUUGUCGCUUACUAAUCGUUAACUUGAUCUAAUCGAUAAACAAUAUCUUUAAACAUGCGCCUUUCCUCCAGUAAAACUUCACCAACGA